UGCAGGUUAUGUUUAUGUUUUGUCAGUUUUGUUUGAAUACAAACAAAGAAUAUACUAUGUUAGAAAUUUUAUAUCUGAGUUUAGUAUUACUUCUAUGUCAUGUAUGUGCAAAAACGCCCAAGAAUUGUUCCAUUUCACGAGACAACCUCGGUGUUUGACGUCACACUUCGUCCAGACCCCGACAUACGGGGAAUGCACCCUGGAAAAUCUAUAGUUACUACACGUAUCAUAUAUACAGAUUUUCAAUAUUUACAGAAUAACAGAACGCAAUCAUGGAGAGUAAUCCGUCACUGUUGCACUUUCGGCGCAUCUGUCGAUUCUGCUUAUCGGAUUCGGAACCUCUGAACUCUAUCUACGAGCACAAUCACAAAAAGUCAAUCCAGCUACCGCUCCAGUUGCAGAUCAUGUCCUGCGUUGCUAUCGAGGUCUAUACCGAGGACGAAAUGCCACAGGUGAUCUGUAACACGUGCCGCUGGAAUCUGGACCACUUUUAUAAAUUCAAGUUGCAAUGCAAGAAAGCUGACGAGGCAUUAAGAGACUGCCUUCUAUCUGGAAAAUUACCAAAACCUUUCCCGCCCAUCCGUAUCGAUCCAUUGACGGAGAUCGGUAACAAAAGACCAGUCGAAACUAGAUCGCAGAAGGAGGUUUCGAAAAAGCAACGCACCUCUGAUGAUGAUAACAGAAAUACAAGAGAGAGACGUGAGACCAUAAAAAGGGAGAAAGAGAAAGAAAGAGAAUCACAAAAUGAAAACCAGAAUAUCAGUGAGCAGCAUCUUUACGAGGAAAUAGAGAACGAACAGAACAGAGACAGUGAAAGUAAUCAGGAAGUGAGUAACAUUAAUGAAAACAGAGAACAGGAGCCGGCAGAAGUCAAAGUAAACGCAUGCGAUCAAUGUGAACGUACGUUCGCAUUACGUCAGGCUCUGCUGCUGCAUGUUCAGCGCGUUCAUGUUCGCGCUCGCAAUUACAAGUGCAACGAGUGCGAGAAAAACUUUUUCAACAAACACGAUCUGGCCAAGCACUUGAGUAUACAUUCGCAGGAGAAGCCGUAUUCGUGCUCGAUCUGCCAGAAGCAGUUCUCGCGGUUGACUUCAUUGCAACGUCACAAGAAAGUACACAAAGAAGAGACGCACUACGCUUGUCCUCAUUGCGACGAUGAAUUUUUCACUACAGAGGAACUCGAAGAACACAAGAAUUCGGCACACAAGAAAGAGAAGCCAUUCCAGUGUAACAUUUGCAAGAAGCGCUUCCUAUACAAACAGGGUCUGCAACGGCACGAGACGCUACAUAAUAAUAAGGAUGAAAAGUUCGUGUGUGAUUACUGUAAGGAGACUUUCCGUACUUGCACAAAGCUGGCCCGGCAUCUGAUUACCCAUUCUGGUCCUCGACCAUAUAUGUGUAAAUUGUGUCCUCGCACAUUUCUGCUAUCGCAUCAUUUGACUAGACAUAUACGUAUGUCCCAUUCAACGGAGAAGCGUCGUGUAUACAAGAACGGCAAGAAGAGGUUACAGGUGAAUCAGUUGACGCACGCGAAACGUACAUACAUGGGCCUCACCUGUGAUGUCUGUCAAGAAUCUUGUCGUAAUCGCGCCGAGUAUGUCGUCCACAUCAAGCAGCAUAUCGAAGCGGGCGAAAAAAUAAGCCCGGACAGUUUACAGCCCAACACUAAGAAAAAUCUUAAACUAAAGUCUAAUGAAAUGAAAGAAAAAGAAAAAGAUCAGCAUUCUAAUAAGAACGAUGAUUACGAGUCGCCAGGGUACGUUGUGAAGAAGUUACCAAAGCCGUCAAUGCCCUCAGAGAGUGAGAAAAAAGAAAAGCAGACUAGAGAAGACAAGAACGAGAAUUCCGAGAAACAAGAAAAGGAAGAACCCAAUGUGAUGUACGUACGCAGCAAAAAUGGUGGUAUGGUCAAAAUCACGACAUUCCCACCCAUCGAGCGUAUACACGAUAUUCAAGAGCAGGAAGCAAUAUUCAAGAAUACGAAGCAAACUACUUCAAUCGAUUCUCCUUCUCAGAGCAGCUCGAAAGGCCUCACGUCAUCGCAAAUCGAAGAGACUCCCAUAAGCGGCUAUGUGGAUGACACCGAGUUACAAGUGCAAAAGAUCGUCACCUCAGUAUCCAAAGGACAGAAGUCCCUGUUGAAGCACCAACAGAACAGCCAAGAUCAGUCUAAAGAAUCGCUAACACCUGCGACGAGAGUUUACAACUCUUCCCAAGAAAGUAGCAAGGAUAACGAUAAAUCAGAGACCUUAGCAUCCACUCCGAACACCAUCAAAGUUAAAAGGAUUAAAAGAAUUGUGGUGAGGAAACCAGCAGGGGGAAGUAACGAAGAAACACCAGCUAGUACGUCUAGUAUUAAGGAUGGAGAUUCUUCUCUGAGCGGUACUCCCGGCCCGCAUAAGAUCAAGCGAGUGAUUGUCAGUAAGAGAAUUAUCCGAAAGAAUGAUGUUGUUCAUGAAGUUAUUAUGAAUCCAGAUGGAACCACGAUAGAUUCUGCAGAACUGGCAAAACUAUCGACUGGCAAUGUAGUGAAACGAGUAGUAAGGAAGCUACCGCUCGACAAGAAUCAGAAUAUGGUACAAGCGCUAUUGCAAUCCGCGAAACAACGUGAAAAAACAGAAGAUAUAGCGAACGAAAAGUUCAAGGCGACGAUUUCAGCGUCAUCCAGCAACGAUACACCAGAAAGCUCGAAUGCUUUGGAAAAGAAACAAUUCUCGAAUGCUUUGGAAAAGAAACUGAUCAUCCAGGAUUGGAUGUAUGUAGAAGCUGAAGCAAUUGGAGACGUAGCGGAAAUGGUAGAUAUUGAAAAUUAAGAAGUCGCAAGCGAAGAAAUAUAACAGGAUGGCGAUUGACGAAAUAUUACCGGAGCGACAUGACGAGUCUGAAGAUAAACAGCAACUACCAUUCAAGAGAGUAUUUGUGAAACGGGAACAACAUAUACGAUGAGGAGUGGGAAUACAACGAUGACACAGAAGCGACAAAGAACAGGAACUCAAGUAGGAAAGGAAGAGACAGAACAAGUUGACGUGAAAAAAAGAGGA